AUGAGCAAAAAGAAGUCUAUUCAAAUUGAGAAAGACACAAAAGAAAAAGUUGUGAUUGUCUUGAGGACUCCUGUAGAUGCUUUGGUCAGGCAUUUAAAGCCAUUAUAUAUUAUGGUUCAUAUCAAUGGGCAACCUAUUAAUAAGGUUUUGAUUGAUAAUGGAGCUAUAGUAAACAUCUUGCCUUCGAAAAUGAUGAAGAUUUUGAACAAAAAUGAGUCAGAUUUGAUCCCAACAGAAGUGACAGUUGGAAAUUUUGCAGGAGGAUGUUCACCUGCUAAAGGCAUUAAUAAAGAGGUCGACGGAAUGGAAAUUUUCUGGGCAGAUAAACAUCCAUUCAAAGCAGAUACCAACAACGUGGAGGCAGGUCUAUAUGAUGAAGACUUAUGGCCAAUCAAGUUUGACGGUUCAGAAGUGAAGUCGAUAGGGGUAAGCCUUACUGAAAGCCAAUUCCUUAAAUACAUUACAUAUGGUUUUAAGGAAAUAAGUGGAGAUUUUGUUAGACCUAACAUGAUACUAAGGUUUAGUGGUUCUAAAUCAAAGAAAUUAGAGGCUGAUGAGCCUAUUUCUUGUAAUUGGGCAGACUGUGUAGUAGAUGAUAGUCCUUUGACUUUUAAGGAAUUGACUAUGGAAGAUCUUGAAGCUGCUCCUGCUAAACUUGAUGAUUAUAAAGCAGAAGUAAAAGAUCCUUUAGAGGAUUUUAAUGUAGGAACAGAGGAAAAUCCUAGAAUUCUUCAUAUAUGUGCUGCUUUACCUGAUGAAAUGAAGGAUUGUUUGAAGUACUUGUUGUUUGAAUUCAAAGAUUGUUUUGCUUGGGAUUAUCCUGAUAUGCCUGGUUUGAACAGAUCAUUGGUUGAACACAAAAUUCCUAUUAAAGAGGACUUUGUUCCAUAUCAACAAAUUCCAAGACAGAUGACACCUGAAGUUCAAAAAGAAGUAAAGAAAGAAAUAGAACGAUUAUUUAAGGCCAAAUUUAUUAGGCCUGUUAAAUAUGUUGAAUGGAUUUCAAAUAUUGUUCCUGUAAUUAAGAAAAAUGGUAAGAUAUUUAUUGCAGAAGAAGAUACACACAAAACUGCAUUUAGAUGUCCAGGAUAUAUUGGAUUGUUUGAAUGGAUUGUUAUGGCAUUUGGAUUAAAAAAUGCAGGGGCGACUUAUCGGAGAACAAUGAAUGUGAUUUUUCAUGACCUAAUUGGAAGGUUUAUGGAAGUUUACAUUGAUGACAUAGUAGUAAAAUCACAUACAUUUGAUGAGCAUGUAGACUACUUAAGGCAAGUCUUGAUGAGGAUGAGACAAUACAAGUUGAAAAUGAAUGCAAUGAAAUGCGCUUUUGGAGUUACUGCUGGAAAUUUUUUGGGAUUUCUGGUUCAUAAGAAAGGGAUUGAGGUUGAUAAAGAUAAGGCAAAAGCUAUAAUAGAAGCACAGCCUCCAACAAAUAAACAAGAACUCCAACAGUUUUUGGGACAGGUAAAUUUUUUCAAGAGAUUUAUUUCCAAUUUAUCUGGAAAAACUCUUGCUUUUUUCCCACUUUUGAAGUUAAAGUCUCAGAAAGAUUUUAAAUGGAAAAAAGAACAUCAGAAGGCUUUUGAGUUUUUGAAGCAAUCAUUGGUCAGGCCUCCUAUUCUGAUGCCACCAAUAAUUGGAAAACCUUUAAAAUUAUAUAUCUCAGCAGGACACCAAUCGAUUGGUUGUCUUUUGGCUCAAGAUAAUGAAAAUGGUCAUGAACAAGCCAUUUAUUAUCUUAGUAAGAGAUUAAAUGAAUGUGAGAUAAAAUAUAAGCCUAUUGAAAAGUUAUGCUUAACAUUAUACUUUUCUGCCAUCAAGUUAAGAUGUUACAUGUUACCGUCGACGGUACAUGUAAUUGCACAGACAGAUAUCAUUAAAUAUAUCUUAACAAGGCCCAUAUUAAGAGGCAAACAAGGAAAAUGGUUGUUAUCUUUAAUAGAAUAUGAUUUACAGUACGUGCCUCAAAAAGCAGUAAAAGGGCAAGUUUUAGCUGAUUUCGUAGCUAAUCAUCCUAACAUGUUAAUGGAAAAGGAUGAAUUUGAGAUACAUAUGAUUGAAAUGAAACCAUGGAAAUUGUCAUUCGACGGCUCUAAAACUGACAGAGGGGUUGGAGCAGGCAUAGUUUUUACAUUUCCGAAAGGGGAAUUUUUACAGUUCUCUUUCCAGUUAGAUGAAAGCAGGAUUUUAACCAAUAAUCAAGCUGAGUAUGAAGCUUUGAUUAUCGGUUUAGAGAUUGCAAAAGAAUUGAAUAUUAGAUAUUUAAAUGUUAUGGGGGACUCACAAUUGGUGAUUCGAUAG